GAGAAGGAAACCGUCUCGCGCACGCCACGUGGCAUCGGCCAUGGGAGAUGACGGGCAAGCGGAGGCCGUCCAAAGGCAUGUCGUGCCCCUUGCCGCGCACCUUUGCACUGCUGGGCCUGUGCGUGUUUUGGGGCUGCGCUUGGCUGGUGAUGCAAUGGAAGACGUUGCAGUUCAGCCCAGCGCGGCCUCCGUCUCCAGAUGCCGAGGAUGUGCCGGGCCCGGUUCCAGAGAAGGCUGUGAAGCCCCCGAAGUCCAUCAAGACGAAUCCGAGCCGUGGCCAUCCGAGCCGUGGCCAUCAGGUCCAUCCAGGCGCCCACAAGAGCCAAGUCGCAAGCUGCCCGCAGCGGCCACGCCGCAAGGAGAAGUGGGGAGAAGUUGUCAAGGAGGACAUGAAGAUCAUCAAGUCCUCCGCCACCGCCGUGCAGAGUUGCCACCGCCUGGGCGACGCCUUGGUCUACGAGCUCCGCUUCCUGGAGGCACACAAGAAGGAAGGCUUUGCCUACGAGCUGCUUCUGCCAGACUACGUUGUUGCCGACGAGGCAGGUGCGGGCCUUGAGCGGCGCUCCACGCUGCAGCUGCUCGCUGCUACUGGCAAGGGUCUGCAGCCCUUGGGCCCUGCGCACAGCUCCCAGGAGCAAGUCGCCAAAGGCGAUGGCUCCUUCGGACAUUGGCGCGAGCCCAUGGAGCGCGGCUUUGAGCACACGGCCAGCCGCUUGCGCUUCUCAACUCCUGGGAAUGUGCCUUUGAAGGAGCUGACUCGACUAGUGGCGGUGGUUUUCCCCAUGGUUCCCGCGAUGGGCUUCGUGGAAGUCGUGCAUAAGCCUGACAAGAAGGCCAAAGACUACGAUCCCACGAAGAGGCGGCGCCGAAAGGAGUUGCACCGCGAGCUCUUCUUCGAGGCCUUCCCCCGGGUCGGCGCCCAGCCCCACCUCGCGGACAGGCCAGAGGAGACGAAGCCUGGGGUGAGCUAUUUGUGGCGCACCAGCCACCACGACGAAUUUCAUCUUGAGCUGAAGCCAAACGAGGUCUACGAGAAGCGCAUGCCCUACGCCUUCGCGGAGUACUUCGGUAGUUUCGAACACAGCGGGGCAGUGCUGUUUCCACCUCCUCCAACCUAUCAGUACUACGAGAACAAGGUCGCGCUGACCCAUCUCUUCCAGAAAUCCAAUGUCUUGAUGCCCGAGACUUGGGUGUUCAGCAGCCUGGCGGACGCCAUGGCGCACAGGGACCAAGUCCGCCUGCCCGUGGUAUUGAAGGAUCCGUAUGGCUACUCCAGCAUUGGUUUGCUUCAAGCAGAGACCAUCGGGGAGUUGAUGGAAGCCUUCAAUACCUUCUUCGCCAAGGCGAAGGUGGGGGUGGAGGUGCUGGUGCAGCGCAAGGUGAAGGCACUCAAGGAGGCCCGGGUGACUUAUGUGGACGGUCGGCCCUUCCACGGUUAUUGGCGGAUCCGCCAGAGCCUGAAGAGCGCCUCAGCCGCCAGCACUCGCGGGGGCUUCCAGGACUUCAACUUCCCCCUGGAGCCAUUGUCCGACUUUGUCGCCAGCUUCGCUCAGAGGACUGGCAUCCCCGUCGGAGGUGUGGACCUCAUCUGGAAGGACAGUCCGGACGUCCAAGCAGAGCCCUACACUCUGGAGGUAUCUCCCACGAGCGACAUCAACCCGCCGAGCCCGCCGGAUUGGAAGGAAGGAUAUGCCGAGUUCAAGCACACCAAGGGCUUUCGCCACGCGUACCUUGGCAUCCGUCGGAAGUGGGCGGAGGCUAUGACGCUGGCAGUGGCUUGGCACCGGCGAAGCAAGGGCCAUCUCUUCGUGGGCUUGGACGCACUGCUGGAAAAUGGGCAGGUUGUGGAUGGCGUUGUGGAUGCAUUGUCCGAGAUUCAGAGGAGCUUCUUUCUGCGCCUCCUGGCUGUGCCUGAGAACCAGGAUCCGCUGAACACCACUCUGGGGCUUCUCCACUCCCUCGCAAUCCCCUUUGACGAAGUGAUUCUGCUACGGGACGUCAAUCACAGGAUUUGGCACCUGGGCCCGGACACUCUGCUGCUGGAUCGCCUGGAAGCCUCUGAAGAACGUCGCUUGCAGGAGCUCAAGUUGCCCUGCCUGAACCUAGCCGACCUCACCUGGAGCCAGGUGCCACAGCUUGCCCUGGCGGCCUUUAAGAGGACCUCGAGAUCGCGCCAGCCACCUCGCAGGCCCACUUCCUCAGAAGGAGAAGCGCCUACGCUGAAGCCUGCGCCAGGGCCUGCAAAGCCGCCGGUCGCGCCCACUUCCGCAGAAGGAGAAGCGCCUACGCUGAAGCCUGCGCCAGGGCCUGCAAAGCCGCCGGUCGCGCCCAUGCAGGAGCCACGCAAUGCCAAGAGGAUGUGCCCCUUGCCUGCAGUUGGCCGAGACAACUGGCGACAGGUUCCCGCAAAAGACUUGGACGUGAUCAGGGAGAAGUGGGAGGCCUCUGUGAAGAGCUGCGAGCGUCGCGGCGAGGCGCUGGUCUUCUUUCUGAACCUCGCAAAGGCGAACAAGGUCGCUGGCCAUGCCUACGAGAUGCCCUUCCCCCACUAUAUCGUGGCCGACGAAAUUGGCUGGCGCCCGAAGCGGUCGACGCUGCAGCUCUUCACAGUGGACAGCUCCGGGCACUUCCAUCCCUUGGGCCCGGCCCACAGUGCCCACUCCUUCAUUGCAGAGCAUGGAGAUGGGGCCUACAGCCACUGGCGCCCAGGCAUCACCAACAGCACCUAUGGGAAGGCCAUGCUCCUGUUUUCCACGCCCCGGAACGUGGCCAUCAAGAAGCUGAGCCUGGCAGCAGUGGUCUAUCCCAUGCUCCCGCCCAUGGGUUGGAUCGAGUUCAACCAAGGUAAGAAGGUCAACCACGAGGAGCUUUUCCGAGAGAUGUUCUUGCAGAGCUUUGCCGCUGCUGGCGUGUCCAGGCCCCACCUCAUCGAGCAGGCAGAUGAGGCGAUUCCUGGCACAAGGUAUUUGUGGCGGGUGGGUGGGAACUCCGAGUUCCAACUCCCUCUGGCAGAUGGGGAGCUCUACGAGAAGAGGCUGCCAUAUCAGAUUGCCGAGUGGUAUGCAGAAUUCGAGAGGAAAGGCGGAAUCCUGUACCCACCUCCUCACACGUACAUCUACUACCAGAACAAGGUGGGUUUGGCCAGGCUGUUCAAUGAGCGCAAGGUCAAGAUUCCACCCACCUGGGUCUUCGAGAGCCUCUCCGAAGCGGAAGCCGAGCUUGAAAACAUCAAGUUCCCGGUGGUCAUCAAGGAUCCUUACGGCUUCUCCAGCAUGCACUUGCUGCAAGCGGCAGACAAGGAAGAGUUCCUGCAGAACUGCCAGCUCUACUUCGAGAAGGCACUGCCUGGAGUGGAGGCCAUUGUCCAGUCCAAGGUGGUGGCGAUGCGAGAGGCACGGGUGACCUAUAUCGAGGGUCGGCCCUUCCACGGCUACUGGCGGAUCAGGCAGAGCUUGAAGUCUGCCUCGGCAGCGAGCAACCUGGGCGGCUACCAAGACUUCGAUUUCCCCCUGUCGGAGAUUGCCCCCUACGUCGCGGAGUUCGCCAACCUGACUGGCAUACCUGUGGGAGGCGUCGACUUUAUAUGGGAGGAGGAGAAGGCGAAUGUUACAGUGGUGCCCUACACGCUUGAGGUCUCGCCUACGAGCGACAUCAAUCCGCCAGCACCGACCUCCUGGACAAAGACCUACUCAGAGUUCAAGCACACAAAAGGCUAUCGCCGAGCGUACUUGGAUGUGAGGAGGUCCUGGACCGACUUGAUGACCUUGGCGGUCAUUGACAAGUACCGCCAAGAGCGCAAAAACCUCUUCGUGGACAUCGACAACGUCGUUGCCAAGUCUAUGGAGCGAGUGAGGCGCUGGAAAGGAAGCAAGAAGGCCUAUCUAGCUUCGGAGGUGAUGCAGGAUGAGGUGGUGGAAGGUGCCGUCGAAGCGCUGCGGAGGCUGCAGGCGCGGUACUUCAUCCGCUUCUUGACCGCCAGAGGCUCUUACGAGGACCCCUUCAACGUCACCCAGACCUGGCUGGAUUCAAAGGGCUUUGAGUACGAUGAGCUGAUCGUAGUCCAUGGACCUGAGUCCAAGGUGGCACACCUCACAUCAGAGACAAUCCUGGUGGACGACUUCACCACGAGCCAUGAGAAGGAGGAGCCAGCCACCAAUCAGAAGUUCAUGGAUCAGCUAUCUGCAGCCGGCUUGCCUUUCGUGAAGUUCCCGCUGGGCGGGCGAUGGGAUGACAUCAUGGAGAAGUUGCUUCCAUCCGGAUGACC